AGAGCAGAUUGAGGCUCAUUGUCUCAACUGUCAAAUCUCAGCCUCAAAAAUAUUAUAUUCCUCUAAAUAAAUUGACCGACCACCGAUAAGCUAGCUAGCCAUCUAAAAACAUUCUCCAUCCGCUUAUCUUCUUUGCUCAAUAUAUAUAUAAAUGGAAUCCCCUCCUUCCCUUUAAUCAUAAGCUCUGAUAGCCUGCGGGCCUGCCUGUUAAAGAAAAAUAAAAAAAACAUUAGUAAUUUAAUCAAUAAAAGAAGCAAUAAUCUCUUUAAUUUUUUUAGUACAUUAAUUCAUUAGUUGUAGCUAGUUUUGUGUUUUUUUUAAAAAAAAAAGUUCAUAUAGAUGGCUGACGCUGGAAAGAAAAAAAAUGUGGCCAUUGCUAGCGUGGCCGCUGUGCUUUUGGUGGCGUGUGUCGUGGCUGCAACGCUGUCGGUGACAAAUAAGAAGGGGGCCGGGGGCGCGCAUGUGUCAACAUCAACCAAGGCUGUCCACGCCAUUUGUGCCACCACCGACUACAAGGAAACGUGCGAGACGAGCUUGACAGAGGCCAAGAACACAAGCAACCCCAAAGAGCUUAUAGAGGUGGCAUUCAACGCGGCCAUGAAGAACCUCAGCGACGCUAUCUCACACUCGGCUCUUCUCAAGGAGGCCGCCAAGGACCCGCGCACCUCUGGGGCCCUUGAUACUUGCAAAGAGCUCCUGGACGACUCGGUGGACGAUCUCAAGAGGUCUUUCGACAAGGUCGAGGGUUUCGACAUGGACAAGAUCGAGGAGUACGCGGACGACCUCAAGGUCUGGCUCAGUGGCGCUAUCAGUCACCAGCAGGCGUGCUUGGAUGCGUUCGAGAACACGACUGGCGAUGCGGGUGAGAAAAUGAAGAAAUUCCUCAAAUUCGCUGGGGAGCUCACCAGCAACGGCCUCGCAAUGGUCACCCAGUUCAGUGACGUCCUGCAGACCCUCGAGAUCCCCGGAAUGAAAAGGCGGCUGUUGGCUCAUGAUGAGGCGGAUGGUGGCGGCUUCGCGGAUGCUGGACGCAGACUCCUCGCUGCCGACAUCAAGGCCAACGCGGUCGUUGCUCAGGACGGAAGCGGAGACUAUAAGACCAUAAACGAGGCUCUUAAAGCGGUCCCUCCCAAGAACAACGACACGUACGUCAUCAAGAUCAAGGCGGGCGUGUACAAGGAGCAGGUCAUGGUUCCCAGGAAGAUGAACAAGAUCGUGUUCGUGGGCGAUGGCCCCACGGCGACCAAGAUCACGGGAAGCUUGAAUUUUAUAGACGGGGUGAACACAUACAGGACCGCCACAGUUGCGAUCCAAGGAGACGGGUUCAUGGCACGAGACAUUGGAUUCGAGAACUCAGCUGGAGCCAAUAAGCACCAAGCAGUGGCCCUCCGAGUUUCGGCCGACAACGCCAUCUUCUACAACUGCCACAUAGACGCGUACCAAGACACACUCUACACCCACUCCUACCGCCAGUACUACCGCGACUGCACCAUCUCCGGGACCAUUGACUUCAUCUUUGGGGACGCCGCAGCGGUCUUCCAGAACUGCAAGAUGGUGGUGCGAAAGCCCUUGGAAAACCAAGCCUGCAUGGUCACUGCCCAGGGGAGGAAGGACCACCGCGGAGUGGGCGGACUUGUCCUCCAAAACUGCGAAAUCAUCCCGGACGCGGCCAUCAAAGGGGCCAACCCGCCGGUCCAGGUGUUCCUCGGCCGCCCAUGGAAGGAGUUCUCCAGAACCAUUAUCAUGCAAUCUUUCAUCGACGGCUUCAUUGACCCCACAGGUUGGUCUCCGUGGAUGGGUACUUUUGGGCUCGACACUUGCUGGUAUGCGGAGUACAAUAACAGAGGCGCCGGAGCUGACACAUCCAAGAGGGUCGACUGGAAGGGUUAUCAGAAGCAAGUAUCUCCCCAGGUGGCCAGUCAAUUCACUGCCGGAGUCUACCUUCAGGGAGAUGACUGGAUCAAGCCCACUGGAAUCCCCUACGAUUCUGGGAUGGUCAAGACCGCCUAAUAAUACAUAUUUAUAAUAUGCACAGACGUACCACACUGGCCUAGCUACUCACACCUUAGGUAGCUAACUAUACAGUGAUAUUUUCUUGCCAUUGUACCAAAAAGCUGGUGUGUGUGUGUGUUUUGUUCUUUAUGUUUUCUGUUACUCCCUAUUAUUUUAUAAAGAGGGCUGGGUAGGCCGGUAUACAAUAGGCACGGUACCCUAAAACUGCCCUUAAUUAUAUAUAUGUUCCAUCUUAAUUAAUUAGGUCAAUUCUU